AUGAGCGCUGAAUGCAACAUUAAGGCGCAAAUGUUCUCGGAGGCCCGUGAUGUUUCGAUACGCAACUCAGAAAUCACAAAUGUUGGAGGUGAUUUAACAAUAAAUAAUUAUAAUAUCCAUCUCCAGCCAGACUCGGAACCGGUGAAGCUAUCAACCUGGUAUGGCUGGAUUGAUCCGUUUUCGGAUCUGAAAUCGAAGAUGUUCCAUGCCGCGGAGAGAGUUAAGAAUUUACUACCAUGUCCAUUUUCGACCAUGGCCGAGAUACCCCUAGAAGAAAAAGUUGCCCAAGACGCUCUCAAAUACCCACCACUUCCGAAUGGCACAAUCCUUCUGAGUAAAACAUUGUUGUGUAUACCAGGAGUCGUGAAUCAGUUGAUUUCGAGUGUCCGAUACUCCUUCUACUGA